UCUGCGCUUGCUGUUAAACAAAAAUUUUACGUUCAGCACAGCAAACAAGAGCAGCAACAAUUUGGCAGCUGGAAGAAAAGUGCAGGCAAUAAAGACAAAAACUAAGAGAGGGAAACCAAAAACUGAGAGCGCAAUAUUCAUUAAGAGAGAGAGAGAGUGAGAGAGAGUCGCUCGCACAUGUAAUUUUGUGCAUUGUGUACGAAUAAGUGUCAAGUGUUUGUUAACAAUGAAAGUUAAAGUCGAGCGUACAACAAAAAAACAACCAACUGCUGCAGCAACAACAACAACAACAGCAACGACAACCAACGCAACAGAAACAACAACAACAAAAACAACAGCAGCAGCAGCAGCCAAGGCGGUAACAACUUUAACGCCUGACGACGACGAGGAUGAUGAGGUGAUGACAACGGCGCAAGAAUUGGACUUUUUGCCCGACAUGUCCACAACGAUAUCUACAACGACAGCAACAAUCACAACAACAGCAACGACGGCGCGUAAUCUUAUCCUCGGCACCUUUGAUGGCAUACUGAGUGCUCCGACGCUAACCACGCCCACGCUGACGCCCACAACACUGCGCACCAUUGAGGAGACACUACAAGAGCUGACCACAGACACACCGUUCCAGGCGCGCUUCAAGCCGCCACCUCUAACUCCCUUGGUGAGCGCCAAUGUCACAUCCACGCCCACUGCGGAUACAGUCACUCUAGCGGUGGUCAACGCCAAUACGCUAAACAUCCAACAGCCAUAUGAGCUGCUCGCCGGCAGCGAGUCCGAGGAUUCCCAGGGCUCCUGGAACGACAAUCAGCUGAACGAUGACCAAAGCACAACAGAUACUUCAAGUGCCGCUACGGACAGCACGUCGUAUCAGAAUGGCGGCCAGCUGCUGGGCAAUGGCACCAAUGGGGGUGCCAACAAUUUCACCGCUGCACUGGCAGCAGUUAACAGCGCCGGCCGCGGCGCUGGAGCAAACAGCAACACGAAUACCUCAAACAGUGCCACGCCAGCUCGUCGCUGUGGCGGACGUCGCCCCAACAAGGCGGCCAAUAUGUCGCCGGAGGAAGAGGAGAAGCGACGCAUCCGGCGUGAGCGCAACAAGUUGGCGGCAGCGCGCUGUCGCAAGCGGCGCGUAGAUCAGACCAAUGAGCUCACCGAUGAGGUGGACGCGCUGCAAAAGAAAGGCGAGUCGCUGCAGAAGGAGAUCGAGAUGCUGAAUGCCACCAAAAAUCAGCUGGAGUAUGUGCUCCAGGCACACCGUCCCACAUGUCAAAAGGUGCGCGAUGACUUGCUCAGCGUGGUCACCUGCAAUGGCCUAAUUGCGCCUGCUCCACUUCUCAGCGCUGGCAGCCAGCACAGUAGCACCAACAACAACAACAACAACAACAGCAAUAGCAAUGACAGCAGCAGCGGCACCAUCACCGGCUUUGACGCCACGCUUAACUCCACCGGUCGCAGUAACUCUCCGCUGGAUCUCAAGCCAGACAUCACGAACGAGCAGCUGCUGCUGCAGCAGAUCAAGGACGAGCCACACGAUGGCGGCCUGGACUCGUGCUCUUCACUAGAUCAGGACGGGCCAACGCCAGCGAAACGCUUUGCGCUGCCCGACAUUGCCACACUGACCGCUUCCUUGACCACGCCCACUGGCCCCGUUUCGUCGCUAAACACGCCCAUUGUGAGCUCAGCGCCCGUUUGCUUCAACGCCUUCACCGGCAACAUUGGCGCCAUCAGCAGUCCCACGCUCAAUGCGCACACGCUCAACAAGCUGCCCAAGACACGUCCGAACACGCUAAACGUGCAGCGGCCAUUUGUGGCCAAUAUGGAUGGCAAGGCGCCCACGCAGAUUCAGGGCGUGCCCAUUCAGACUCCCUCGACGGGCACCUUCAACUUUGACUCUCUGAUGGAUGGCGGCACCGGACUGACGCCCGUCUCCGGUCCGCUAGUGCCCACCUGCUCGUCCCAGAACAAGCAUCCGCUUGAGCUGCCCACGCCCACAAGCGAGCCGUCCAAGCUGGUCAGCUUAUAACCGCGUGCGUCGCCUCUAAAGUCAACAAUACACUUAGUUAUAUUUACAUAAAGUUUAAAGCAACAA